AUGAGUGAUAUAUGGGCUGGUGAUAUCAGUACGAGUUUCAUGUUGAAAGUAGGACUCGGUGUUGGUAUCCCAUUUCUGGUUUUACUCAUUAUUUGGGCAGUUAUAAAUAGCAAAAUCGUCCGUUGGAGACCAUUUACUGAUUUAAAGACAGUAUUCUCAUUACUUAUCGCUCACAACUAUUCAGCAUUUAUUGGUUCUAUAUUUGCUGUUUCCUGGGUGAUUUAUUAUUUCAUUCCAUUCGUAUUAUCAAUAAUAUUCGGAAUUAUCAUGUUCAUCAAGUUUUCACCAUCGAUAUUCGGAUUGAUUUUCAUAUUGGUAAUACCUCCAUUCAUUGCAAUAUUCGCGAUCAUCAAAUCAUAUUCCAAAAACGGCUAUAAAAUUACAUGGGAAAUGAUUUUCGGGUUGAUAUUCUUCUAUAUUGCAUUAGUUAUAACACCUUUUGUUUACUUAUUUAAGCUCCCAACUUUAUCAUGGGUCGGAGCAGGAUAUUUAUUCUCUUGGCCGCCAAUAUUAGUGUUCUGCUUCUUAAUAGUAUGCAGACGCCGCCACAUUAAAGAUGUAAAAUCGAUGCAUCCAGCAGAAGUCGGAUCAUUUGAAGACGAAAACGAUACAGCCUUUGGCAGUGACGAUAAAUUCAAGUGGUACGAUAUAAUUAUUUACUUAAUCAUCAGCAUUGCCUGCGCUUUAAUUUUUACAUUCAUUUUCUGGAAGAAAGAAGAAAAAGCAGCAUCAUAUGCAACGGCAAUUAUGUUCUUUGGCCUCGAUAUUCUCAUUUUGGUCGUAUAUACAUCAACAAAAAACAACAUUUUGUCGAUAUCUUUGGCAAUUCUUGCUUUAGUACUUAAAUCAGUUGCUGUCACCUUCACAAAGAACUACUGGUUCAUCGGACAUGGCAUAAUCUUCUUCUUUUUGAUAAUUGUCACUUUUGCCAAAUUAAUAUUUGAUAAUUGGAGUUUUUCGAAGUACGAUUCCUAUCAGAUACGUUGUGAACAGAUCAUUGAUAACUUAAUCCUCAUGAACCAUGGCCAAAGAUCAAUCACAAUUAAAGAUUUGAUUUUUGAGUACGUUGCCGUCGUAAUUUUGAUAAUUGCUGCUAUUGUUGAUGGAGUAUUGACAAGGAAUUCCAACUUCCCGACGGUUUUGAAUGGAUUAAGUCAACAAAAUUUGACAUUAAUUUUAGAAAUCAUCGCUGUUUGCAUUGGUUUUGGUGCUGGAGGGUUAUUAAUCGUAUACCAACGCGAAGGACAUGUAGGAAAGUCAGCUUAUUCUCUUCUUGCCGUUUCAAUUAUUCUUGCUAUUGCAUUAUCAGCUGGAGUGCCUUGUUUUUAUGACGCAAUAACAUUACGUGCAACAUUCUCACCAUUAUUCGUGUCUAUUCUCUCUGCUUCUGUCAUUUUAAUUGUCUCUUUGAUGAAUUUAAGAUUAUCUUUAAUUAAUUCUUGUUCAUCUACCUGCCAAUCACAGGCAUAUGAUAUGGAAAUCACAAUGCUUGUCGCUUCUAUCUUUUGGUUUGUUUCUACACCAUUAAUAAUUAUUUUACCAUUUGUCAUCAAAGGAUGUGGAUAUUGGACAAUGAUAUUGGCAGCUCUGUUGACAGGUAUCAUUUUCUACACGUAUUUCUUCGUUGUUACGGUUAAAUCAGACUUAAUAAGUGGAGCCAUUCUCCAUCUCAUUACUUCCAUUGUAUUAUUCAUUCUAUUCGCUGUAGGUAUCGGUUUCGUAUCGAAAUGGUACUACGGAUUAGUUGCUGGCUUAAUAAUUUUAUUUAUUAUCUGUUCUCUUUAUGGAAUUGCUUAUCACAUAAGCGAACAAUGGAUAAAUCCAUUUAUUCCAUUCCUUUACAUACUCAUUCCUUCAGCAAUCAUCGCAAUUGCAAGUUUAAUUUAUUUGAUCCUCAAAGAUGAGGUUGUUUUACCAUGCGUUAUAUUAUUUGCAGCCAUUGCUGUAUUCUUCGGAGCAUUAACAUAUUGUUUCAAGCGAAAAGCUGAUAAAAUCAGCGUUGGAGCAAUAAUUUCUUUAAUUGUCAUGACUAUUUUACUUUUAGCUGAUAUUAUAUAUCUCGGUGUUAAGCUAGACAAAGGUUUCUUGGCAUUAACAGUAAUUUGUCUCAUUCUAUUCGUUGUUUCCUUUGUUUUGACAAUUAUAUUAUUAUUACAAGGAGCAACAUUGACAUAUUCUUCUGUUUUCUAUCCUGUUAGAGCAUACUAUGAAAACGAGUUGCAUCCAACACCUUUAAUUAACUUUGUUUUCGCAUUUGAUGAAGUUUUGCCACUUUUAUGGGGAGUUUUCGCAAAUGUUUUGUUCAAUCAUCCAGAAUAUGGAUUUGCAGCUGCUUCCGUAUCAUUGGCCUUGAUUCCAUGCAUUAAUUUGCUUUUAAUCGCAAUAUCAGAUGGCAAAACCAAUUUUACGGUCAAAUAUUCACCGAACAGACUCCUUGAGGACACAUUAAACACUGUACGUGGUAUUGGCUCAUUUAAUGGCGCAGAUGCAAUAGAUUUCGUUCUUGAAGAAAUGUCUUCGCUAAAAGAUUACACAGACAUGAAGAACAAGGAGAUCAUGUACAAACAAGCCGAAUACGAUCAAGUGUGGAUGUUCAAAUCAAGGAUUUCACAAGUUUCUGAAGUAGAAUUUACUUAUAUCAGAAACUUCCUUUACCAGAAGUACGCAAGGAUCAGUGAUUUGAGUUACUUACUUCAGGACCAAAACUGGAGCGUAGACGAAAGAAAAGAGAUCUUCCAAAUUUAUGAUGAAGUCAAAAAGCAAGACGCCGCGGAAGAAGCCGCGCGUUUGUACUACGAACAGCUUGCCAAUCAAGCGAGACUCAGAAUUCAAAACAGAAACCAACUUGAAAACGAUGAUCAAAAUUCUCUUGCAAACAUUCUCGGCGGAGAGUUAUUACAAGCAGAGAAUAAUCUUAAGGACCUCAAAUCCCAAAUCCGAAACAAAGAGGCCGAACGCUACAAGCGCCAGAAAGAAUUAGAAAUUGCCAAGCAGAAGUUGAUCAACCAGAGAAUAGAAGAGGACAGGAGAAGGCGCCAGGAAGAGGAAGAACUCAAGAAGACCAAAGACGCCCAAGAAAGAGAGCAGAGAAGACAAAGAGCACAAGAAAGAAAACGUCAAGAAGCAGAAAGAAGAAGGAGAGAAGACGAAGAAAUGCAGAGGAAACAAGAAGAAGAAGACAGAAAGAGAAGAGAGGAAGAAGAAGCACUUAGAAAGCUCAAAGAGGAACAGGAUAAACUUAAACAAAUCAAUAGAUCAGCUUACACAAAAGCUGUUGCUAGUUUAGAAGCAAGAAACCAGAAAUUCGAAGACCCCGCUUGGUAUCCGAAGAAAACAAGACCAGAAAAUACAAAGAUCUGCUCACUUUUGAGUGAAGCAACAUGGAACAGAUUGGAACAAAACAAUCCUAGUAUCAUUGACCCUAUAAACGGAGCAGCCUUCAAACAAGGAAACCUUGGUGAUUGCUACUUAGUUGCUGCUUUGUCUGCUUUGGCAGAAGAUCCGAAAAUUAUUGAAAAAAUUUUCGAAAAACCAAUUGUAAACAAAGCAAACAUUUCAUGUGUAAACAUCAAUAGAAUGGGUAAAGUAGACAAAGUCAUUGUUGAUUCUGUUGUUCCAUGCAGACAACACUCAGGAAAUCCUAUUUUCGUUCAUUUCGACAAACAAGAAAACGCUUAUUGGCCGGCAAUUAUAGAAAAAGCUUUCGCUAAAUAUUUCGGAAGCUAUUCAGCAAUUGCUGGUGGAUGUUCACACAUCGCAAU